CUCUUGUAUACCCGCCAAAAGCUGCACCCAUCAGGAUAUCAAUUAUAGCCAUCGAUGACACGCGUAUUCAAAUCUGAACCGUCCGAUCCCCAAUGAAAGUAGCACGAAUUUUACGGCCUCCACGCGGGGACCAGGCACUAGGGCACUGCUCAAUUUAGUGGCGGCUCCAGCCGCCUGCCCCUCUUUUCCAUAGCAUUUUGACUGUCUUCUCCGUUAAAGGUCGAGCGAUUUCAAAGGCAGUUCGCUUUGCUGAUAUUUUCCCGCAAGUAGUUUUAGGGAUUUUUCUUUGUUUUGCUCCUCAUUUUUGGUUUUAAUGGCGGAUCGGCUCAACUCAUUUCAGUCGAAUGUUCAUUUUGUAGCAUCUAAUGGUGGAUCGGACUAAAUCGUUUGAUAUUUUCUAACGCUCGUGUUAAAGGAGCGAGAAGAUUCAAUUUAUUUGUCGAAAUAACAGAUUAGAAAGCUGGAGCUAUCAGCUGAACUGCACUGAGGGUUGGUUCUUGGGAUUCUUCAGUUUGUUCCAAAUUGACCACAAACCCUAACUUUUUCAGAUUUCUGCUAAUAUUGACAUAUUAAUUGGAACAUUUGUGAAAUUUAGGGUUCCUUGCUGUGGGUUUGCUUGCUAAGCAUGGCAACCACAGCUUAUUUGAAUAUUAGAAACCCUCAAACUUGUUUGAGAACAAGAUCAACCUUUAUUCAUUCUAUUUCUUCUUGCUCCUUUGUAAAUGGGCAACUUGUAAUGGGUAAAAGAAAUGCCUUCGUAAAAAUAGAGUUAAGGGUUCGAUGUGAGCGCCAAGCUUUUGCAGUGGUAGAGAAGCUUGAAAUUGGAUUUAAAAUUGUUGAAGAGAAUGCUGGGCAAUUGAGUUGUGUGAUGAAGUUUGGUGGGUCAUCAGUGGCUUCAGCCGAUAGAAUGAGAGAAGUUGCAGACCUAAUUCUAGGGUUCCCUGAAGAGAGGCCUGUGAUCGUAUUGUCGGCAAUGGGAAAGACAACCAAUAAGCUUUUGCAAGGUGGGGAGAAGGCUGUCAGUUGUGGAGUUUCAAAGGUCUCUGCCAUUGAUGAGUUGAAUGUCAUCAAAGAGCUGCAUCUUACGACAGUCGAUGAACUUGGAGUUGACAGAUCAAUUAUAUCAGAGCUUCUAGAGGAGUUGGAACAGCUUCUUACAGGAAUUGCGUUGAUGAAAGAACUGACUACUCGUACAAAAGACUAUUUAGUUUCAUUUGGAGAGCGCAUGUCAACAAGGAUAUUUGCUGCAUAUCUGAACAAGAUUGGUGCUAAAGCCCGGCAAUACGAUGCGUUUGAUAUUGGUUUUAUAACCACUGAUGAAUUUACAAAUGCGGAUAUCCUGGAAGCAACAUAUCCUGCAGUUGCAAAGAGGUUGCAUGGUGAUUGGGUUAAUGAUCCUGCAAUUCCUGUGGUGACUGGAUUCCUUGGGAAGGGUUGGAAAUCAUGUGCUAUUACUACCUUGGGCAGGGGAGGAAGUGACUUGACAGCUACAACUAUUGGUAAAGCCCUGGGCCUCCGAGAGAUUCAGGUGUGGAAGGAUGUGGAUGGGGUUUUGACUUGUGAUCCAAAUAUUUAUCCCGGAGCAGAGCCUGUACCAUAUUUAACAUUUGAUGAGGCAGCUGAACUUGCCUAUUUUGGUGCUCAGGUCCUACAUCCACAAUCUAUGCGGCCUGCUCGAGAGGGUGAUAUCCCUGUUAGGGUCAAGAAUUCUUACAAGCCCAAAGCUCCAGGAACCCUUAUUACAAAAGCAAGAGAUAUGAGUGAAGCUGUUUUAACCAGUAUUGUUUUGAAGAGGAACGUUACCAUGUUGGACAUAGUUAGCACCCGAAUGCUUGGUCAAUUCGGGUUUCUAGCAAAGGUAUUUUCCAUCUUUGAAGAUUUGGGCAUAUCUGUUGAUGUCGUGGCUACUAGUGAAGUUAGUAUUUCUCUAACAUUGGACCCCUCAAAGCUUUGGAGCAGAGAUCUAAUUCAGCAGGAAUUAGACCAUGUGGUGGAAGAGCUCGAGAAAAUAGCAGUAGUUAAACUCCUUCAGCACAGGUCUAUAAUUUCCCUCAUUGGGAAUGUGCAACGGUCAUCAUUGAUCCUUGAGAAGGUUUUCUGUGUUUUUCGCUCAAAUGGGGUCAAUGUCCAGAUGAUCUCUCAAGGAGCCUCAAAGCAGGUGAACAUCUCACUGAUUGUAAACGAUAGUGAAGCAGAACAGUGCGUCAAGGCCCUUCACUCCACAUUCUUUGAGUCAGGCGUUCUCUCCAGCCUUGAUGCUACUAACGGUUCGGGAGCCACCCAUGAUUGCUCCCCUUUUUGACACACCCUUAACGAUUCUUAUAAACUGUGCUAUCUAUCAUUCAUAGUCUCAUCCCAUCAUCCUCCAAGUAAUCAGAGAUAUACACCCAGGUGCCUGUAUGUGGUGGGAAUAUGGUAAUUAGCGCAACUUAACCCAAUGGUAGCAUGUCUUCAAGUCAAUUCUUCUUGUUGAAUUCCAGUUUCUGGUAUUCCACUUCAACUUGUGGGACAAGGGAUUUACCUGGAAAGGGAAAAAGUAGAGGAUUUUUCUUGUUUCUUUUGCUGGUGAAUUUGUACCCUUUUGGGAAAAGGUUUCCCGUCUUGUAAGUUUGGAGGUUUGUCACUAUAUUGAUAUCUAUCGCUUUUGUUUGCUAUUU